AUGCGCGCCGCGGGCGUCGAGCCCUUCGCCUACGGCUUCGAGGCGUCGCACAGCGCGGCGGCGGCGCAGGCCGAGUGGGCGGGUCUGGAGAACGGCGCGGAGGACGAGGGCGCGCGCGUGUCGGUCUGCGGGCGCCUCAUGGCGAAGCGCGUCUUCGGCAAGAAGCUCGCCUUCUUCGGGCUGCGCGACGCGACGGGCGAGAUCCAGCUCUUCCUCGAGAAGAAGCGCGUCAACGGCGGCCUCGGCGACGGCGACCCGAAGACGUUCAAGAAUCUGCUGGAGUGGACGGACGGCGGCGACGUGGUCGGCGCGAGCGGCACGGUGAAGCGCACGGACAAGGGCGAGCUGAGCGUCUACGUCGACGACUGGACCAUGCUCACGAAGGCCCUCGCGCCGUUGCCGGACAAGCACAAGGGCCUCGUCGACGUGCAGACGCGGUACCGGCGCCGCGAGCUCGACCUCAUCGCGAACCCGGACGUGCGGCGCACCUUCGAGCUCCGCGCGAAGAUCACGUCGGGCAUCCGGCGCUUUCUGGACGACCGGGGGUUCCUCGAGAUCGAGACGCCGACGCUCCACAGCCAGCCGGGGGGCGCGGAGGCGAAGCCCUUCGAGACGAAGCACAACGCGCUGGAUUUGGACCUGACGCUGCGCAUCGCCACGGAGCUCCACCUCAAGCGCCUGGUGGUGGGCGGCUUCGACCGCGUCUACGAGCUCGGCCGCAUCUUCCGCAACGAGGGCGUGUCGACGCGGCACAACCCCGAGUUCACGUCCGUCGAGCUCUACCAGGCCUACGCGGACUACGACGACAUGAUGGUCCUCACGGAGACGCUCGUCGAGUCCCUGGCGGAGAAUCUCGUGGGCACGACGCAGCUGCCCUACGCGGACGAGACCAUCGACGUGUCGGCGCCGUGGCGCCGCGUGACGAUGUCCGAGGUCGUGAGGGACGCGGGCGUCGACUUCGAGGGGCUGGAUUUGGACGAGGCCAAGGCCGCGGCCAAGGCCGCGGGCGUGCCCGCGGCCCUCGCGGACAAGCAGGAGACCCUCGGCUACCUGCUGAACUGCUGCUUCGAGGAGCUCUGCGAGGCGUCGCUCCGGCAGCCGACGUUCGUCACGGACUACCCCGUGGAGAUCUCGCCGUUGGCCAAGCCCCACCGGUCGAAGCCGGGCCUCGUCGAGCGCUUCGAGCUCUUCUGCGUCGGCCGCGAGCUCGCCAACGCCUACUCAGAGCUCACGGACCCCGUCGACCAGCGCGCGCGCUUCGAGGCCCAGGCCGCGAAGAAGGCCGCGGGCGACGACGAGGCCUGCGGCGUCGACGAGGACUUCCUCGCCGCCGUCGAGCACGGCCUCCCGCCCACGGGCGGCCUCGGCAUCGGCAUCGACCGCCUCGUCAUGCUCCUCACGAACGCGCCGUCCAUCCGCGACGUCAUCGCCUUCCCGCUCCUCAAGCCCGAGGCCUAG